GGGCAAGGCAAGGAUGGAGGAGUUUUCGGUUUGUUGUUGCGUGUUAGACGAGACCAGCCGGUUUUUAACAUUCGCAACCCGUGUGUUUGUUAUACAGACUUACUGAACGUUUUUAGUGUGGUAACAUUCCUAUGACAAUUCUGGUUUAUAUUACAGUGCUGUACUUUCUUCUUGCUAACCAGCUAAACCAUAGACAGUAUAUAACAGACUAGUACCUUUACCGGAAAUGCGGUCGGUUGGCGUUUCAUCGUAAAAUACUUGACAACACGCUCGAGGAUACGCCUUUUAUUCCGAAACUCCAUUAAGUUUGGCUGAACGUCCUCAUUUUUGUUGUGUCAUGCUUGACGCUGGUGCAACUACUUGUACGUAUUUUGCUGCGUUGUAUUUUUCUUACAUUGUGUGAGUUGAGUGGCUUUGAGGCAUCAGGUAACUUAGCUAAUACGAGUACUUUGACAGGCCUCUUUGUUAGAAGACACGAGUAACAUGUUAGACGAAUGUACGGUUUUAUCCAAGUCUUUCAGAAAGAGUUACCGUAAGGCCUGUUCGGGUUAUUUCCAUCAGUAACGUUACCACUGGCUAACAAGACCCUAAACAGAAAUGUCACUGGGGGACUAUGAAAGACAUUUCGAUUCGCUAAAUUCAGAUUUGUGCGACGGGUCUGUGGUCAGUGAGCGAUCAGCGUCGAGCACAUAUAAUGGCGAAGAGGAGAAGUUGCAUUACAUUCCUAUCCGGAUCCUUGGGAGGGGGGCGUUUGGUGAAGCAACUCUGUACAGAAGAACAGAGGACAACUCUUUGGUGGUAUGGAAGGAAGUGGAGCUGAACUCGCUCUCCGAAAAGGAGCGCAGAGAUGUCAUGAACGAAAUAAGCAUCCUCUCCAUCCUGGAGCACAACAACAUCAUAGCCUAUUUCAAUCACUUCAUGGAUAAAAACACCUUGCUCAUUGAGUUGGAGUAUUGUAAUGGAGGAAAUCUAUACGAUAAAAUCAACCACCAAAAUGGGAAACUUUUCAGUGAAGAGGUGGUCAUAUGGUACCUGUACCAAAUUGCCUCAGCAGUUGCCCACAUUCACAAGGCUGGGAUCUUACACAGAGAUAUCAAAACUCUGAACAUUUUCCUGACUAAGACUGACCUCAUCAAGCUGGGCGACUAUGGCCUCGCAAAGAAGCUAGACUCUGAGUUUUCAAUGGCAGAGACUUGUGUGGGAACUCCAUAUUACAUGUCACCUGAAUUGUGCCAGGGAUCGAAGUACAACUUCAAAUCAGACAUCUGGGCCCUGGGUUGUGUAAUUUUUGAAGUCUUGGCUCUUACAAGAACAUUUGAUGCAACGAACCCUCUGAACCUCUGUGUGAAAAUAGUCCAGGGCAACUGGACUAUGGAAGUGAACUCGGAUGUUUAUUCAUCUGCAUUGAUCAAACUGGUGUACGAGUGCCUCGAUCAAGAUCCUGAAAAGAGGCCUACAUCUGAGCAGAUUCUGGACCAGCCAUUCAUCUCCUGCUGCAGACAGGAGCUUGAAGAGCGAGUUGCCCUGCUGAAUUCAGCAAUGAAAAAACCAAAGCUGAGUACAGUGACUGACAGCUCCGUUGCUGUGGUGACCACGCGCUCAAGGGACGUGUACUCCUGGGGCGGAGGGAAGUUCACCCCCCAGAAACUGGACAUGUUUAAAGGAGGCAGCAGUGCCCAACAUGUGUGUGCUGGGGAGAGUCACUUUGCAGUAGUGACAGUGGAAAAGGAGCUGUAUACCUGGGCUAAUGUCCAAGGUGGAGCCAAGAUGGUGGGCCAGCUGGGACAGGGAGACCAGGCCUCGUACCGACAGCCAAAGAGGGUGGAGAAGUUACAGGGGACGACCAUACGACAGGUGGCAUGUGGGGCUGACUUCACUGCCUGUGUCACCGAUGAGGACCAGAUGUACAUGUUUGGGUCGGACUAUUACGGCUGCAUUGGAGUGGAGGGUAGCCUCGGCGUGGAGAUUUUGGAGCCAGUGCUUUUGGAGUUUUUCGAGGAUCGGCCUGUCCGUCAGGUUUCGUGUGGAGACAACCAUGUGGUGGUCCUGACUCGGGGUGGGGACAUCUACUCCUGGGGCUGCGGAGAGUAUGGGCGCCUUGGCCUGGAAUGUGAGGAUGACUUCUCUUCUCCGAUGCAAGUGGAGAUCCCUAAAGGAGCUACCAUCUCCUCAGUGUCAUGUGGCAGCGAUGGAACUUUUUUUUUAACAGAAACUGGCAAAGUCCUAGCAUGUGGAAACAAUGAAUUCAACAAGCUUGGUCUGAACCUGGGAUUCUCUGGUCUCAAAAACCACCCUGGAGAGAGUUACCAGGGGAUCCCAUACAUCACCACACUGACCUUGGUAAAGCAGCUGUCACGGUUCAAGAUUCAGACCAUAGCUCCAGGGAAGACCCACACAGCUGCCAUUGACGUACGUGGUCGCCUGAUCACCUUUGGUUGCAACAAGUACGGACAGCUGGGUGUGAAGGACUUUAAGAAACAUCAUGGUGUCCAACUCCUUCUCGGACCCUUCGGAGGAAAGAUAGUGACCAAAGUGUCUUGUGGAGACGGCUUCACCAUUGCAGCCACUGAGGACAAUCAGAUCUUUGCAUGGGGAAACGCAGGAAACGGGCGACUUGGGAUGCCAGCUGAUAAGGGAUUUGGUUCAGAGGUAUGCCCUGCCAUGCCAAGGCCUAUCUUUGGUUCCCUCCACCAUGUACCGGACCUCUCUUGCCGUGGUUGGCACACCAUAAUCAUAAUGGAGAAAGUUCUCAACUCCAAGACUAUUCGCUCUAACAGCAGUGGACUAUCAUCUUGUUGUGGACUGGGCCAGGAGGCAUCUACAUCCACCCUGGAUAUGGACAUAGAACCUGGUUCAGAGACAGAGUGUCGUGACAGGGGUCUUGGGGGUACACUGGAGGAUAAUACAGAGGAGUGCCUCAUGGAGACUCCGAUGAUGUCACUAAGUCAGACUGGGGACAGCUCCUGCCCUCUCUGGCUUAGAAAGGAGCUUGAGAACGCAGAGUUCAUCCCGUUGCCAGAAAGCUCUGAGGCAUCCACUCCUGACCAGCUCUCUUCUAUCUCUGAGAGCGUCACUCUACCUUAUGAGGAGCUGAAAGAGCUAAAGGCUGCGGCAGCAGCAGUCAGCACAAAGAAAGGCCUAUCGACUAAACGAAUGAGCUGUGGUAAAGUCAAUGGACUGGAGGAGGCCGACGGCUGCAAAAAAGGAGACUCGAACGCAUGCUGCAAAGCAAGUAGCGAGGUCACACAGCUGCGAGAGACGGUCUCAAGUCAAGAGAUGAGGAUCCAGAUUCUCGAGAAACAGGUCAAGGAGCAGCAAAAGGAGAAUGAAAGGCUCUGGGCAGCGAUUAAUCGUUCAACGCUACGUCAAGCAGAAUGUGACAAUAAUGGAAACCAUCAGUCAGAUGCCCGUAUGCCCGGGGAUGGAGGAGAAAGAGGAGGCGGCUUCACAAACCAUGGGGGUCGCGCUGCAGGGGCCAGUGUGUGAGGCGUAACCUGCAGAUGUCCUGAUUAUGGGAGGAGUGUCAAAACUCUUAGCACAUAUUCAAUUAAACAAGCUUGUUAGAUGGGGAGUGGAGGCUCAGUGCAGUCGAGGGUGCAGCCUCGUGCCCAUUCGCAGUGGUUACGUACAGUAUACAUAUUUGACAGAGAGCUAAGUUGCAUGAUUACAUUGUUUCAUAUGUAAGACUGUAUAAUACCUUGCACACUCUCAUAUGCACACUUGUGUUUACCUGGAUGCAGUAAUCUAGCUAGUUUCUCCACGAACUGAAAUGUUGGCUGGAUUCAACAUUAAGCAUCGGACCUUGACAUCUGUGAGAGCCAAUCAUCGUAGUGUUACUCUGCAGUGUGAAUGUUAAGUCCAUGUUUUGGUGGUAUUGUUGAGUUUAAGUGAUGUCAGGCUUCGGUCCUUAGUGCCUCAUAUAUUAGUAUUUAUCAAAUAACAUAUAAGACCAUCUUGCGCACAUAGCAGACAAUUAGGGUUUCCUCUUGUCAGCUGUUGAGAGAUGGGCUGCCAGGAUGUAUGUCCAGAUUGAUCAUGAGUCAUGACUCACGUUGGCACCAUCUUCAAAUGUGAAAACAUAUGUAUCACUUUUAUUUUCAGUUAUUUUAAUUGCAUUUGAUAUUCUUAAAAUACCAAACACAAAAUAGCCUCCUAAACCGUUAUUACAUAUUUAUCAGAAAUGUUAGCUUUUACAAACAUAUUAAAAUUAUCUCAUGCAAAUAGAUACUUCUUUUUUUUUUUAUGUGCAUGUUUUAAUGUCAUACGAAAGUAUUUGUGUGAAAUACGAAACUACUGAUUCAUUUUUUAGCAACUACUCUUAGUUACUUUUUCUUAUUGCCUUCUUCGACUCUUGAACUCUUGUUGGGGCAGCACAUGUAGGUCUAUCUUCUUUGUGACAUGUGUUAACACUUGAACUGUUUUAUUUGUAUGUGGAAGCAUUUGUGAUAUAGCUGACCUUGCAGAUAUGUUACUGUGAUCUUAUUGCAUUUUCUAACCAUUUUAUUUGUCUUAGAAAUGUUGCUUUGCUUUAUUUUGCAUUACAUUAAGACAUUUGUGUGUGACCCAUUGUCAGCUUACAAGCUGUUGACUGGAUGUCAGAUGUGUGCAGUAUAACACUGGCGAUGUUUUCGUGCAGUAAAAUGCAACGCUAAAUACAGUCAGAGUGCCUUAGCAAGCUAUUGAAACCAAAAUGAGUGCAAAUAUGACAAUGCUGUGCCUUAGGUUGUUGUUUUUUUAUACAGUGUGUUCACAGCAUUUAAAGAUAUGGAUAAUUAUUUUCACAAGGUUAACCAAAUACUGUGGAGAUGUAACAGUUGUAUAAACACUUCUCUCACAGACACACUGUUGCUUUGUGUAAACUCCAUAAAUAAAACUAACAGCUUCUUUCGUUA